GUAUACUUUAUAGAAACCAUAUUUUUAUAACCUUGGUUUCAAUUAAAGCCAUUGUUGUCCAAUAUUUAAUUCACCAGCUAAUACAAACAACCAUGAGGUUCAUGUCUUUGCUAAUUAAAUAUCAAUUAUUAGCAAUUAUAUUCACUAUCAUAUCCCUUACAAAAGUUAGUUGCUUGAAUUUCACUUUCUCAACCUUUCACCAAAACGAUGCAAACAAAUUGUUACUCAAUUAUUCAUAUAUACAAAGUGAAGCCAUACAAGUAACCGCAGAAAAUAGUAAAGCUUCGAUGUCGAAUUUAUCUGGACGUGCUUUAUACAAGGAUCCAUUCAAAAUUGCUUCAUUCAACACCACUUUUGUUCUCAAUAUAACUCCUGACACUUCCCCUGGUGGAGAAGGCAUAGCUUUUAUCUUAGCCUCAGAACCAACUCGCCCUGAAAACAGUUCAGGACAAUGGCUUGGUAUUGUAAAUGCUUCCACCAAUGGAACUUCUCGAGCCGCAAUUCUUGCAGUUGAGUUUGAUACACGAAAGAGUUCAAUUGAAGACGGACCUGACAACCAUGUUGGAAUCAAUAUAAACAGCAUAUCCUCCUUGAAACAAGCAUCAUUAUCAAACACUAAGGUGAAUCUUUCAUCUGGUAAAGAUGUAACUAUAAGAAUUGAAUAUUCUAAUGAUGUGAUAUUUGUUUUUGGUUCAAUGAGUGGAAAUUCACAAGUAUCUAUGGAGACCCUUUUGGUAUCUCCACCUCUUAAUCUCUCUUCCUAUUUUAAACAAGAGGUUUAUGUCGGUUUCUCUGCUUCAACAAGCAAUUACACAGAGCUAAACUGUGUAAAAGCAUGGGAAUUCAAUGGUGUAGAUAAUGGUGUAGAUAUUGGUAGUAACAAAAAUUACUUGUGGAUUUUUAUUAUUAUUCCAAUAGUAUUAUUGAUUAUAAUCAUAGGUGGAUUAGUCUUUUUCUUCCUUUAUUUUAAAAGGAAAAAAAACAUGGAAAUUGAAGAAGAUACAUAUGGAGGGAUAGAGGAUCAAAUUCAACACUCAUCUAUGGCUCCAAAGAAAUAUAAACUAAAGGAAUUGAUGAUAGCAACAAGUGAUUUCAGCCGUCGGAACAAACUUGGCGAAGGUGGAUUUGGAACGGUUUAUAAGGGUAUUCUUGAAAACAACAAAGAGAUAGCUGUGAAGAGAGUCUCGAAGAACUCGCGUCAAGGAAAGCAAGAAUUUAUGGCAGAAGUUACAACAAUUGGAAGCCUACACCACAAAAACUUGGUGAAACUUAUUGGUUGGUGCUACGAAAGCAAAGAGCUUCUCCUCGUUUACGAGUUCAUGCCUAAAGGAAGCUUAGACAAAUACCUAUUUAACCAAUCAAGUGAAUUAGAAUCACAAUAUUCUAAAGUACUUGAUUGGAAAACUAGGAAUAGCGUGAUUCGUGAUGUAGCACAAGCAUUGGAUUAUCUUCAUAAUGGUUGUGAAAGAAGGGUACUUCAUAGAGAUAUUAAAGCAAGCAAUAUAAUGUUGGACUUAGAUUACGUCGCUAAAUUAGGUGAUUUUGGAUUAGCGCGUACAGUUCAAAAGAGAAAUGAAACUCAUCACUCGACAAAGGAAAUUGCGGGGACCCCAGGUUAUAUGGCACCUGAAACUUUUCUAAUAGGAAGAGCAACGGUCGAAACAGAUGUGUAUGCAUUUGGUGUACUUGUUUUAGAAGUUGUGUGUGGGAGAAGACCGGGAAAUGUGUUUGCACAAGACGAUUAUAAAAAUAGUAUAGUGUAUCAAGUUUGGGAGCUUUAUGGAAAAGGUGAAAUUGUUAGUGUUGUGGAUAAAAGGAUAAGUUGUGAAGAGAAAGAGGUUGAGAGGGUAAAAUGGGAAGAAGAAAUUGAAAUUGUGCUUGUUCUUGGUUUGGCAUGUUGUCAUCCAAAUCCUAAUGAAAGACCAUCAAUGAAAAGUGUUUUAAUGGUUUUAAAUGGAGAAGCAUCUCCUCCAAUUAUUCCAAUGGAAAGACCUUCUUUUGUUUGGCCAGCUAUGCCUUCAUCUUUCAAAGAAGGUGAAGAUAAUUCUCUUAUCAAUGGUCCAUUCACUCAACUUAGUGGAAGAUAGAAAAUACAAGUUAUUAAGUUUAAUUAUAUGUGUCAAUGUUGUGUCAGUUUUCGACAAUGAUGUAUAUAUAUAAUUUGAAUUGUCGGUGUCACAUAGUUUAUUAUAUUAUUUAGCCCUUUUUUAAAAAGUUUAUGUAUUUUCGAUUUAUGACAUUAAUUUUCUCUUUCGAUGUGUACAUUAUGUACUAUAGUUUGAUGAAUAUUUGCAUACCACUUUUUUUGUUGUGUAAAUUUUUCAACAAUCUCUCUCUGAUGUAUUAUUUUUUUAGGGAGCUAGCAUAGUGUGUUUCGGUUGUAGGUUCCGUUGGUGUAUGAGAGGUUUUUUGUUAUUAGCUCCUUGUCCUCUAGCGUAGUUUUGAUUUAGAUUGGUGCUUGAU